AUGGUCGUGGUCGUGGCAAUAGUUGACUCUCAGAAUAUCACCUCCAUGUCGAAGACCGUCCAGCCAGGCAUACACCAGGAUUGCUUGCCGACCAAAGACCAGGACCGCACUGUGGUAUUGCCCUUUGAGCAUGGCACGAUCAUUGCAAUCUUCGACGGCCAUCUCGGCGACGAAUUGGCGUACUAUGCCUCCAAAUAUUUCCUUCAACUAAUCGUUGAGAUUUUCGACCCCACCGCGCAGGAUCUCGAAGAAAGAAUCAUCGACACCUUUCAGUACUUUGACGACUACUUACUGGGCUGUGUCACGAAGCUGUUCCCUGGCCGAAGCUGGAUGGAUUCAAAAUGGGACAACUUCGACAAUGUGUACAAAGUCAUAGACCGCGACCCCGACUUUUCCUCUGGUCGGCCGACGGUUGUCGGCACCACUGUUCUCUUGGGUAUCAUCGACAAGGCAAAGCAAUCUAUUUGGGUUGUAUCUCUGGGCGAUUCUUGCGCUAUUCGCGGUCGGAUGCAGCGAGGGAAGAUGGUGCCCUUGAUCAUGAACGAAUAUCACAACUGCAAAAACGAGGAAGAAGUUGCCAAAAUUGAACGAGAACACCCAGGCGAGAAGGAUCUAGUGGUUCAUGGCGGUACCCUCGGCGGGCUCCGAAUAACUCGAGCUCUUGGGGACCACAUGUUCAAAGUCGAAAUUCCAUUAGCAUCAAAAAUAUUGGCCUCCUAUGUACCGUGCCCGAUUCCACGGUUUCUGUUCAGGAAAUGGGCUGAAAACGGCAACAUCACUCCGCCAUAUAUCUCAUGCAUUCCCUCCGUUCGUAAAUUCGACCUGAUGCCCGGCGACAUUGUCGUUUUCGCCUCUGAUGGUCUAGCGGACUCACUUGCGUGGCCCGAUUCAAGGGAUUGCUGGGAGGCAAUUAUGCCCCUCCUCAUCGGCGUGGACGACGAGCGACUUGGCCACAGGUGUUUCAAACCACCAGCAGGUGCAGAAGUUAACAAGGCUGAGCUAUUGAUACGGAAUGUCUUGUUUGGUGACGACAAUGUGAAGAUGGCUGGGGUUCUUAUGGAUCGAUGGCGGGAUGAUAUUUCUGUUGUAGUCGUUGAAGUCGAUGAACUUGAGUAUUGUCAGGCUGCUACCAGAACGUAA